CAGAUGAAGGGGUUCGAUGAUCGAUCGAUUACUGUUGCCCUAACAGCUACCACUCGUUUAAUCGGGUAAGAAUUCUUUAGUUCUUCCCCAAUCGAUCGGUGAUAUCGAAAUCAAUCAGCUGGUUCUGAGAAUUCCAAUUCCAUUUCCAUUUCUCAGCUGGGUUUGCUGUUAAGAUAAUGAAAGCAUAGUUCGUAUCGAUAGUUUGUUGGUCGACUAACUAUGAAUCAAGGAGUGAUAUCAGUAUCGUGUCCUCUCUCUAUUACCAUACCCCAAGGCCACCAUAAAAACUUCAAGAUAUUUAAGUCCCCAAAGGUGUUUAAUGCCUUCACUCUCCGUUCCCGCUUUAUUCAUGCAAGACGUCCUCCAAUUUGUUGCACACAGAUAAAUCCUUGGGAACCUGCACCAAUCACGUUUGUGUCCGAAAAUGAAGAGGAUGAUACCUUCUUGAAGAGAACCGAAAAUAUUUUUGGAAGUCUAGACGCCGAUAGCACAACUGAAGCUCCGGAAGUAGAGACCAAAGAACUUGUGGAAGUAGAGACCAAAGAAGUUGUGGAGGUAAGUAAUCAACCAGAGGUGCAUUUGCAGAUUUUCAAAUGGCCAAUGUGGCUUUUGGGGCCUUCUCUUCUCCUGACAACAGGGAUGGCCCCAACAUUAUGGCUUCCUAUGUCAUCGGUAUUUCUCGGUCCGAAUGUAGCCAGCCUCCUCUCUUUAAUUGGACUCGACUGCAUCUAUAACCUCGGAGCUAUGCUUUUUCUUCUCAUGGCCGAUGCUUGUGCACGACCUAAACAACCAAUAAAACCCUUGAGAAGUGAGGCUCCUUUCAGUUACCAGUUCUGGAACAUGCUUGCAAAUGUUGUUGGUUUUGCCAUACCUUUCAUUAUGCUUUAUGGAUCUGGAAGUGGACUGGUUCAACCCCAUCUUCCUUUCAUCUCCUUAGCAGUUCUAUUGGGUCCCUAUGUUCUGCUCCUCUCAGUGCAGAUUUUGACCGAAAUGCUGACAUGGCACUGGCGAUCGCCUGUUUGGCUGGUUACGCCGAUCGUAUACGAGGGUUAUCGAAUUUUGCAGCUCAUGAGAGGGUUGAAACUUGGAGCUGAGCUAAGUGCACCGGCCUGGACGAUGCACACAAUUAGAGGAUUGGUUUGCUGGUGGGUGCUGAUACUUGGUGUUCAACUCAUGAGGGUUGCUUGGUUUGCUGGUAUUGCCUCUCUGUCUCGUAAGCAAGAAAUUGUUGCUAACGGUUCAUGAUCUGUCAAUCAUAACAUAAUAAUGAGUUUAGGAUGACUUUUGAAAGGUAAAAAAAAAGUGUUUCUAAGCUAAAGAACUUCAUCUAUAGGACACUUUUAGAAAAGCAUACCUAACUUUUAUUAUCAAACGAAAUGCUAGGAUAACUUUGUGAAGUUUCGAAUAGACUUAGAAAGCACAUUUCAUCCUCCAAAAGUUAUUUUAAACGUCUUAGGGACGUGUCCCAAAUAAGUUUAGAAGUAGACAUAGUACUAAAUGAUAUGAUGAGUAUAUGGAUAUAAAAGGUUGUGUUAUAGAAAGAACAUGAUUUUGAUUAUUCAAGUUUAUGAAUGCAUUGAUACAAAUUCUCUCUUCGAAUACUA